ACCCAUUCUACUUGCUGUAGUUUGGUCUGGCUUUGAGAGACUGCCCCCUGCAUAACGCAACUCUACUUCCUGGGCAGUCGAAAGUAAGCUCUUUCAGGUUUUCAGGUUUUCUCGCCACCAAGAGAAGAAAACGAUAGUAUUUCCAGGGAAGACGUCCUACCAACAAGACUUGCGGCACUACGGAUCUCUCUCGCCUACUCCUGAAUCCUCCUCCGUGGAUCCAAGACGCAAUGGUUAGUAAGGACAAGAUGAAUUUGGAUGAGUUCUUCAAAAGGAUUGGAUUCAGCGGCCCAUUCGAGAAGCCAGACCAGGCGACCCUCAACGCUAUCCACAAACGCAUUGUGAUGACGGUCCCUUUUGAAAACCUGAGCAUCCACUGUGGCGAGAAGAUCGGUAUGGACCACGAAGCCAUCUUUAAUAAGAUUGUGAGAGAGCAGCGUGGGGGCUGGUGCAUGGAGGGCAACUACCUCCUGGCAUGGGUGCUGAGAGAGCUGGGCUAUGACUCGGUCAUGCUGGGGGCCCGAGUUAUCUUCGGCCAUGCCAAUGAUCCCUCCGCCCCAGACAGCCAUCUCAUCAACAUGGUGACCAUCGACGGCAGGAGGUACAUCGCAGAUGUGAGCUUUGGACUGUCCUUUCAAAUGUGGCAGCCCAUAGAGCUUGUGUCUGGAAAGGAUCACUCCGAAGCCGCCGGGGUCUUCCGUCUUAUAGACCAGGAUGGGCUCUGGUUCUUCGAGAAGACCAGCCGGAAGCAGAAGAUCCUGAAUCCAGACUUGGCUAAAACAGGUGAGAAGGAGAAAAAACCAACGGAGCAGAUCUAUUGCUUCACUCUGGUCCCCCGUGAAAAGGACCACUUCACCGAUAUUAACCACAAACUACAGACCGAUCCGAACCAACUUUUCACCACAAAGUCGAUCACCUCUCUGCAAACCCCAACAGGGUUUCGAAUCCUGCUCGGCUGGACCUACACAGAGGUCACCUUUAGGCCGGACGAAGGUGUAGAUCUCGUAGACACAAGAGACCUAUCAGAUGAGGAGGUGGAGACCAUUCUCAGGGAGAAGUUCAAUAUAAAAUUGAAGAACAAGUUGUCACCCACAAACAACAAAAUAGGCCACGGUCUGUAAAUUUUGGUUAGCUUAUUAGAUCAAAUUUUUUUAUAUUUGAUGAAAUAUAUAUAUGAUGAAAUAUAUAUAUAUGAUUGGAUUUAUUUGUCCAUUUUGUGCUUUUAGUUGUGUGCAUCUCCAAAAAUAGUGAUUUGUGUGAAUAAAAUCCAAUAUAAAAAAAGUGUAAAU